AUGGAAGAAACUCUGGACGGUCGUGAGGGGAGCGCUGGAUCGGCAGGAUUUGACUCUGCAGCCAUUUUGAAUGAUGACGUAUCACCUACCACUAGCUUCUGUUACAACAUACCUAACUUGUUUAAUGGCCUUGGCCCCGGUUCGGUGCUGUGCGAGCGUGCUGACACUGAACCGACAGAAUCUUACACACCGAACGCAGAAGCUACAGAAGAGACCGUAGAACAUCAGCAGUAUGAAGAUGAUGAAGAAUACUCUCCUAAAUCUAGUACGAAAGGAGAAAUACCUAAGCGAAAACAGAGACGUUACAGGACCACAUUUUCGAAUGUUCAGUUAGAACAACUUGAAGCCGCAUUCCACAAGACUCAUUAUCCAGAUGUCUUCUUUCGCGAAGAGCUGGCCAUGAGGAUAGACCUAACUGAAGCAAGAGUGCAGGUAUGGUUCCAAAAUCGACGUGCCAAAUGGAGAAAGCAGCAAAAGGCGGGUUGCGAGUCCUACCCUGCACCGAGGGGCAGAUCACCUGAAAGAUCCUCUUCAGCCCUUGCUCUGGAGAUGAGAGACUUUAUUACUAUUCCUGUUUCAUCAGCACAAAUGAUACAUUUGAGUGAAACUCCAACUCAAGCCUACGCGACGAAAUCAAAGCCAUCACCACCAGCCAUACACAUCUCGGCACUACCAACAAGACACAAUUCUCAAGUUGAUCUGCCCUCUUUUUCCAUACCUCUGCAGUACAAUCUCGGAACCUUUAAAAAAAUUGGAGAAGAUGUUCAUUUAAAUCUAGAGGCUUCCGAACAACCAAAUUGGGAUUCUAGAAUGAUCCCUAAUUUCAACCUUAUGAAUUUGAAACCUUUAAAUGAGACGAGAGAUAACGUAGACAUGGAACUUAAAUAUGAAGUAAAGAAUGAAAAUAGAGUUAACUUUAGUGAAAUACAAUCAGUUCAAACUAUUGAAACUGAAGAUAUUUUAGGUAAAGAGACUGUGAAUGAGGGUCAAACGAUAUCACCAGAUUUUGAAAUACAAAGGUAUCAAAAUUAUUCAAGUGAAAAUGAAAAAAGGUAUAGAGAACACUCUUUUGAGGAUUCAAUAAUGGAAGAUGGCAGAAAUGAUUUCGUCUGUGAUAAUGAUUUUCUUUGUAAAAAUAGUUUUGAUAAGGUUAAUGAGAAACGGAAUGAAUUUGAGGGGUGUCAUUUAUUAGAGAGUGAUACUAAUGUUGGAAUUAGUAAUUUUGAGACGAAUUUAUAA